GAACGCGUUUCCAACAUUGCUUACAAUAUUGUAAAUGGCAUCUGCUCUCCUGUAAGAGACCCAUCUGCCCCUGUAUACAUAACCAUUGGCGAUGGUGGAAAUCUUGAAGGCUUAGCAACCAAUAUGACGGAGCCACAACCAACAUACUCAGCUUUUCGCGAAGCUAGUUUUGGUCAUGCCAUUUUUGAUAUCAAGAACCGGACACAUGCGUAUUAUAGUUGGCAUCGUAAUCAAGAUGGGUAUGCUGUUGAAGCUGAUUCUUUAUGGUUUUUCAACCGAUUUUGGCAUCCAGUCGAUGAUUCUACAAGCACCCAAUGA